AUGGCGGACAUACAGGCACUUUGGAACCAGUCCGCAUCAGGAACCGAUGUCCCUCCGAUAAAACUGGAAGUCAAGACUGCAGACGCAGUCGCACAAACAGUAAUACCUACACCAGAAGCACCUUCGCCGCCAGAGCAGCAUGUUGUGGACACGGCAAAUAAACCCCCUCAAACCACAGAGGAGACCCCGCUAUCACCCCCCACGGCAGAACAGAGACCCAAGACCUACGCACAGGCAGCCACGACCAGGGGCCCAGCACCCCCAAAACCGAGAUCAAAACCAAAGAACCGAACCGAUCUGCGAACCGAUUCGCGAACAACAUCAAGGGAUACCAACCCAACACCAGCAUCACUGCAGCGAUUCACCCUGAUAAUGGAGACACAGGUGGGGGAGGACUUCAACCCGGUCACAAUUCGAGAUAACCUCAACAAACACCUCCCUUUCCCUGAAGUUGUCGGAGUUGCUCGGUCCAGACAGGGACUGCCACCAGUCAAACGGGUCCAGGAUGAAGACAGAUGGGCCAGACGAAUCUUGUAUCUCAAGCAGCCAGUGGCUGCUAGCACUUUGGAACAGGAGAUCAGAGACUACAAUUCAGCCAAGCUUGCCGCCGCCCCUGGGUUUAUCGGAACUUCCACGGUCAUCUUGUUCUUUGCAGAUGACAGGGAAGCGCCAAGGGAGCUCUACUUGCUGGGCACUCGCUUUAGCCUAGCUAGGUACAAGCCCAAGCCAAGGUCAACCCGGCAUGGAGUUCUAUAG